AUGGUUAUGUUACAUAAUCAAUGCUGUCGCCAUGGUAGCUACUUGUCAAUCACAAUGUAGCCACACCCUAAAGAAUAUGCUGCUUUAUCAUCCAUUUUACUCUAAAUGGGACCAUAAUUUACAAAAUGAACAUAAUGCUGUGUUGAGGAAGACUUAAAACUAGUGAUUGAGACCAUGAACUCAUCAGGAAAUUAGUUUAUGGUUGGAAGAGAACUGUGGCCUGUGUGAAACAGCCCCGUUAAAUCUCCACCACAUCCUUUGUGGCUGCAAGACCGCUUUGGCCCAGGGUCAUUACAGGUGGCAGCAUGACCAGAUGCUAAGGAAGCUGACAGAACUCAUAGACAGUAUGAGAGUCUUGACAAACAAGAAGCCCCGAUGUCACCAGGAAGCAGCUUGUCCAGUUUGUACCAGCUGGACAAUCAGUGCAGAACCCACACAGGACAGGACAGCAGCCUUGGCCCCAAGAAAUGACUGGUCAAUGAGAGCAGACCUCAACAAGCAGCUAAGGUUCCCCAUGGACAUCACCACCAUCACACUGAGACCUGACAUCGUCCUGUGAUGUCUUGAUAGUCGAGCUGACAGUUCCAUGGGAAAAGGGCAUGCAGGAAGCAUAUGAAAGGAAAAAGCUGCGGUAUGCCAAACUAUUGGUGGAAUGCCAAGAGGAAGCCUGGAGAGCAACAACCUAUCCAGUAGAAGACAGCUGCCACAGCUUUGGAAACCUCUCAACUAAGCGCUUCCUGAGAAAUGUUCGCUUCACGUCAGAGAAGGUCAAAAAAGUCCGACAAGAUCUCUCCAAAGAAGCAGAGAAGGGAAGUUUCUGGCUCUGGCUGCGAAGAAAAGACAAGAGCUGUAGUGGAAGCACCUGACCAUCUAAAUCCAGCUGCAGAGAGCAGCAAGGAGACGUCCCUGAUGGCUACCCCACCAUCCUGAGAUGUUCUGGGGUUAAGUGGUGAAGACCCUGCAGCUGGUACUCAGGCACUGGUGGAGGUGCAACAAGCAGAAUGUCAUGCCCCAGCUGGACAGCUGAUGUUCCACAGAUCACUACAUCUUCAUCAUCAUCAUCAUCAUCAGACCCUGACAACCACACGAUGGGUAACGGGCUGAGUGAGGAGAGGAAGGAGAGGGAGCAGCGAGAACUCGACAGGUUUGUGGGUGAAAUCAGUGACGGUCCAGAUGUGAAAGUCAAUCAGAACAUUGUGAAGUUCUGCAGUCUGGAUUCUUCAGACAUGCUGAGACAACACUAUGAGAGGAGGAUGGGGGUGUCUGACUGCGCUCCAGACUGGAUCAAGAACCUGGCGGAGAAGCUGGGCGCCUUCAUGUCAGCUCCUGAGCUGGCGGGUCUCGGAGCGCUCGCCGUUGCCAUCUUCAUCGACAUCGUGUCGUUCAGUCCACCGGAGGAGAGCAUGAAGGACGCUCUGCGCUGCGUGUUUGCUGAGGAGAAAGCCUCCGAGGUCUGGGAUCAGAUCGAUGAGUGUCUGAAGAGAUGCAUGAUGCACAUUAACGAUGACCAAAAGCUGAGCAGCGACCUGCAGCGGAUCGAGUGCCAGUUGAGCGCCGCGCUCACCAAGCUGAAGAACUCCAUGUUGAGGGACGGCCACAUGACGAACGAAGCUCUGAAGGCCUGGGUGAACGGGGCGGCCUUCCACAUCCAGAUGUUGAUUCACCUGGUGAGACUGGGAGGGACAGUUACCUGCAACACCGUGAAGACUCUCAUCUCUGUUUACCAGACUGAGCUGGACCAGCUGUUCAAAGAGCAUGAGAAGAUGACUGAAAAGAAGUGCACAGUGUUGUUUAAGGUGGGUGAAAUGUUUCAGUCAGUAUUCGUUCUAGUGGAUGAAGAUGCAAAACGGCACACUCUUAAUUUUCACAACUUCCGCCGUGCAGAAUUUCAGAAGCUGUAUUACGAUCACAGGUAUGGCCAACAAAAGCGUGAGACUGAGAACCACUUCAAUUACAUGAGAGAGAAUCUGCAGAGUCUGGUUAGUCAGAGAGACUCCUUUAACUUCUAAUGAGAGAGACAAAAGUAUGAGGACACUCAAACAUAGCAGACAUUUGUGACAGCUGUACCAUGACUUUGUACACAUUGUCAUCAGGACAGUUAUCAUUAUCUGGACUUUUCUCGACCUCAUGUGGGUGAUUUGAAUUAAACUUGUCUGUCUUCUAGUUGUUUUGACUUGUUGAACAGGGCUGUCCACAUACUUUUGGUCACAUACUGUUUCUAUUGUUUGGUGUAAACUGAUGCAGUGAAGUAAAUAUGAUCAAUGACUGAAGGAUUUACUAUAAAGUCACUCUCGACUACGUUAUGAAUAGUUACAGUAAUGCAGUAUAUUUAAUAAAUAAUCAUUUCAGUGGAUUACGAUGGAUUGUCAACCAGACAUCCCAAAUCAUAGGCAACCCACUCACCUCAGCU